AUGGUGUACAGUGAUCUAGAGGUGCAAAUCACAAGAUGCCGCGAGCAGAUCGAGAACAUCAUGCCUCAUGCCUAUGAACAUAAACUGAAAGAGUUCCCAGUGGAGCAGAAGGAACGCGACAAAAGGAUGGCUGCAGAGCAUGGGCUAAAUUGGCCCGCCGUCCAACGCCUAGAGCAUCUGAAAUCUAUCCUGGAAUGGGCUCAGAGCAAUGCCAUCAAGGACAAAUAA